GAGGUCUAGGAACUCGCUCGUCUCUGAGCUGGAGGCGGGGUUCUUCCGGCACGCUGCCGCUGUGCGGAUGCGGUUGGGAGUCCUGCUGACAGGCAGAGAGGACCCGGGCGGGGCCCAGUGGCUGCCGGUCUACAAGGAGAGGCCCUCGAGGCUGCGGCCGUGUGGGCGGGAGGGAGGUGGUCAUUCGUCCGUCGAGUGCGGCAGAGGAGCGAGAGCCCCUCUUGGGUCCUGGGACCCAGAGGCCAGUCGUGCGGGGUACCAGCCUGCGCUGUCCCUGGGCUGUCUCCGGCCUUUUCAGAAUAGAGGGCAUCCUGCUUCACUCACACGGUGGCCCAGGUGACGGCUCCCAUGGCUUUCCCCCAUCGGCUGGACGCCCCUGAGCUUCCUGACUUCUCUAUGCUCAAGAGGCUGGCUCGAGACCAGCUCAUCUAUCUGCUGGAGCAGCUUCCUGGAAAAAAAGAUUUGUUCAUUGAGGCAGAUCUCAUGAGUCCUUUGGAUCGAAUUGCUAAUGUCUCCAUCCUAAAGCAACAUGAAGUAGACAAGCUGUACAAGGUGGAGAACAAGCCGGCCCUCAGCUCCAAUGAACAGCUGUGCUUCCUGGUCAGACCCCGCAUCAAGAAUAUGCGCUAUAUUGCAAAUCUUGUCAACGCUGACAAGCUGGCUGGCCGAAUUAGAAAAUAUAAAAUCAUCUUAAGUCCUCAGAAGUUUUAUGCAUGUGAGAUGGUGCUUGAGGAAGAGGGAAUCUAUGGAGACGUGAGCUGUGAUGAGUGGGCCUUUUCCCUGCUGCCUCUUGAUGUGGAUCUGCUGAGCAUGGAACUGCCAGAGUUUUUCAGGGAUUACUUCCUGGAAGGUGAUCAGCGUUGGAUCAACACUGUGGCUCAGGCCUUGCACCUUCUCAGUACUCUCUAUGGACCCUUUCCUAACUGCUAUGGCAUUGGCAGGUGUGCCAAGAUGUCUUAUGAUCUCUGGAGGAAACUGGAGGAGGAAGAAGACAGUGAGACCAAAGGUCGAAGACCAGAGAUUGGACACAUCUUUCUUCUGGACAGAGACAUGGACUUUGUGACAGCACUUUGCUCCCAAGUGGUUUACGAGGGCUUGGUAGAUGACACCUUCCGUAUCAAGUGUGGGAGUGUCGACUUUGGCCCAGAAGUCACAUCCUCUGACAAGAGCCUGAAGGUGCUGCUCAAUGCUGAGGACAAGGUGUUCAAUGAGAUCCGUAACGAGCAUUUCUCCAAUGUCUUUGGCUUCUUGAGCCAGAAGGCCCGGAAUUUGCAGGCCCAGUAUGAUCGCCGGAGAGGCAUGGACAUAAAGCAGAUGAAGAACUUCGUGUCCCAAGAGCUCAAGGGACUGAAACAGGAGCAUCGCCUUCUGAGUCUCCAUAUUGGGGCCUGUGAAUCAAUCAUGAAGAAGAAAACCAAGCAGGACUUCCAGGAGCUAAUCAAGACGGAGCAUGCGCUGCUGGAGGGCUUCAACAUCCGAGAGAGCACCAGCUACAUCGAAGAGCACAUAGACCGGCAGGUGUCACCUAUAGAAAGCCUCCGCCUCAUGUGCCUUUUGUCCAUCACUGAAAAUGGUUUGAUACCCAAGGAUUACCGAUCCCUGAAAACACAGUAUCUGCAGAGCUAUGGGCCUGAGCACCUGCUAACCUUCUCCAACCUGCGGCGAGCUGGGCUUCUAACAGAGCAGGCUCCGGGCGACACCCUCACAGCAGUAGAGAGUAAAGUGAGCAAGCUGGUGACUGACAAGGCUGCAGGAAAAAUCACUGAUGCCUUCAGUUCUCUGGCCAAGAGGAGCAAUUUCCGUGCCAUCAGCAAAAAGCUGAAUUUGAUCCCACGAGUAGAUGGGGAGUAUGAUCUGAAAGUGCCCCGAGACAUGGCUUAUGUCUUCAGCGGUGCCUAUGUGCCUCUCAGCUGCCGCAUCAUUGAGCAGGUGCUGGAGCGGCGGAGCUGGCAGGGCCUGGAUGAAGUAGUACGGCUGCUAAACUGCAGUGAGUUUGCAUUCACAGACAUGGCUAAGGAAGAAAAGGCAUCUAGUGAGUCACUGCGCCUCAUCUUGGUGGUGUUCUUGGGGGGCUGCACAUUCUCAGAGAUAUCAGCCCUGCGGUUCCUGGGCAGAGAGAAAGGGUACAGAUUCAUUUUUUUGACAACAGCCGUUACAAACAGUGCUCGCCUUAUGGAAGCCAUGAGUGAGGUGAAAGCCUGAAGUUUUCCUGGACAGUGUUGAAAUCGUUCUGAUUGUGGACCCCAAUGGGAGGCUGGUGUUUGACAUCACCUGCUAGAACUCCCCUACAUCCCCAGCUAUACUACUCAGAGCUAGGGACUUCGGAACUAAUUUGGGGCUUUGGAGAACAUUUGGAGAGCAUUCAUGUCCUCCCCAGGAUACUCUUUUGUUUAUGAAGUAUAUAUUGCUCAUGAUGUUAAGGUAUGAGGGGAGAGCUUUCCCUUGCUCCAUUUUCUUUGAAUAUUAUUGUAAAUAAAGCCUCUGUUCUCAAA